CCCAAAUCUAAAAGUCCUCUCCGCCUCUCGAUCGAUCGAUCGAUCUCUCCCCCAGCCCAAACCCUAAUCUCUCUCCGACUCUCUCGAGCGCCGCCAGCCCUCCGCGGCGACUCCGGCCACCACCGCAGCCACCUCCUCCUCUUCUUUUUCUAGUUCAUAAGGUUACAGUUGAGCCUUCAGUUGUGUGAUCUUAUUCGUUUUCAAAGCAGGAAAUGGGAGAAAGGAAGGUUCUAAACAAAUAUUAUCCGCCGGAUUUCGAUCCGGCGAAGAUCCCAAGGAGAAGGCAGCCGAAGAACCAGCAGAUAAAGGUGAGGAUGAUGCUUCCGAUGAGUAUCCGGUGCCAAACUUGUGGGACCUACAUAUACAAGGGGACCAAAUUCAAUUCCCGAAAGGAGGAUGUAAUCGGCGAGACGUAUCUGGGGAUCCAAAUCUUCAGAUUCUAUUUCAAGUGUACGAAAUGUUCUGCGGAGCUGACUAUAAAGACCGAUCCGCAGAAUUCAGACUAUGUUGUUGAGUCUGGAGCAGGCCGCAAUUAUGAGCCUUGGCGUGAAGAAGAUGAGACAGUAGAUAAAGAGAAGCGGAAGAGAGAAGCAGAAGAGAUGGGGGAUGCAAUGAAGUCACUAGAGAAUAGGGCAAUGGAUUCGAAACAGGACAUGGACAUUCUUGCCGCCCUUGAGGAAAUGAAGUCAAUGAAGUCCAGACAUGCAACUGUGAGUGUUGAUGACAUGUUAGAAACUCUGAAGCGCUCAGCAUAUGAAAAGGAGAAAAGGAUUAUGGAAGAAAUAGAUAAAGCAGAUGAAGAAGUUAUCAAAUCUAUAGUAUUUCCGGGCUCAAAAGAUUUUGUUCGACGGAUACAGGAUGAUGAGGAUGAAGAUCUUGAUGCUGAUUUUGACCAUCCAUCUUCCAGUUUGAGUCAAUCAUCGGAGAAGAAUUUGGAGGUAAAAGGCACUUCAAAUCUCCCAAGUAUGGUGGAGAAGCCAACAGAUGCUUUGACGAAAGUCAACAUCUUCAAUAGUUCCAAAAAAGGAGAAUCGCCAGGGGUAUCUUCAGUUCUCAGGCCAAAUUUCAUCCUCAAGCCACGUACUGCUGCACCAACAAACGAAGAAGGUCCACCGAUGAAGAAGCCUUCAAUAGAACCUGCAUUGAAAAAUAAUGACGAGAGCACGACGAAGACAGAUGGAAUACAAACCCCUAAUGGGCUUCUAUCUCUCUGUCAAUAUGAUAGCGAUGAAAGCGGCUGAGGCGGAGAGAUUUUGUAUAUCUCACGCUGCGGCCAUUGGGAAUUGAUAGUGUGUGUAAAUAAUCCGCGAAGUAAGGAUACAAGGAGUUUCUUGAUCGCGUGCGGUGGCAACGUGUACCAUCAACUAUGCUUUGGCAGAACUAAAAGCAAUGGUGAACAUAUUUCAAAUGCUGAAACUCAUUGGGAGAAAAUCUAAAGUUUCAAAUUUCAUUGCAAAACUGUCAUUGGAUAUGAUGUAAUACACAUAAAUUAUCUACAGAUAAAGUUUUAAUGAUUUUGAUGUCAUUCAUGUAUCAGGGUGCAAAAAGUUAAAAACAACUUCUGCUCGAAACAUUGAUCCUAAAAAUAUAUGAUACGCAAGUAAAAUACGUUGAGAUUCUUUGUAA